CCGGCCCGACCCUGCCUUGCCGCCCCCGCCGGCACCGUGACGGGCAGGAUGUCAGGGCCAGGAGGCACGGCGAGGAGGAGCGGGACCCCGGGCGAUGGCGGAAACUACUCCCAACCCUCAGCCUUCAGAAGAGGAGAAAACUGAGCCAGCACCUAGUCAGGAGGUUGCCAGUCCCGAACAGUAUAUUAAGCAUCCACUACAAAACAGAUGGGCACUCUGGUUUUUUAAAAAUGACAAGAGCAAAACUUGGCAAGCAAAUCUUCGUCUUAUCUCAAAGUUUGAUACUGUUGAAGAUUUUUGGGCUUUAUACAACCAUAUCCAGCUCUCUAGUAAUUUAAUGCCUGGUUGUGACUACUCGCUCUUUAAGGAUGGGAUUGAACCCAUGUGGGAAGAUGAAAAGAACAAGAGAGGAGGCCGGUGGCUCAUUACACUAAAUAAACAGCAGAGGAGAAGUGAUCUUGAUCGCUUCUGGCUAGAGACACUGCUGUGCCUUAUUGGGGAGUCGUUUGAUGACUACAGUGAUGAUGUGUGUGGUGCUGUUGUUAAUGUUAGACCUAAGGGUGAUAAAAUAGCAAUAUGGACAACAGAAUGUGAAAACAGGGAUGCUGUUACACAUAUAGGGAGAGUAUACAAGGAAAGAUUAGGACUUCCUCCAAAGAUAGUGAUUGGUUAUCAGUCCCAUGCAGACACAGCUACUAAGAGCGGCUCCACUACUAAAAAUAGGUUUGUUGUUUAAGAAGACACCUUCCAAGUAUUCUUUCAUAGGAGACUGCGUCAAGCAAUCGAGAUUUGGGAGCUGAACCAAAGCCUCUUCAAAAGCAGAGUGGACUACAUUUAAAUUUGAUUUCCAUCUAAGUGUUGCUAAGAUUUGUGAGAAGUCUCAUUCGCCUUUGUCUUGUACCUCUGUGUUCAAUUUAUUUUAUUUUUUUUUUUCUGUUUUGGCUGAAGUAACCAUUACCAAUCAGUUUUAGUACACUUCACCCCCUGAAUCCAUAAAUGUUUUCCUGGCCCACUCUGUAAUAGCUUGGUAGAAACAUUACUAUUAUGAGAAAGGAAAAAAAAAAUUGCUUAUCCACAGUAUUCAGAAAAGAAGUUGCAUUUCUGUACCUGCAGGAAAUUACUCUGUUUUACAUUUGCAUUGUAUGCAGUAACAUUGUGCUGGUUUGGAAAAAGAGUGUGGUGCAUACAGUUUUCUAGCAAUUUUUUUAUACAGCAUCAUCUUUGCUGUAACCUAUGCUGAUGGCUGCUAGAUUAAUUUAUUUGUUUUCCCUAUUUGAUAACAUUAGUGAUAUUUUGAUUUCAGUUUUUUUGCUCAUGUAACAUUUGGUUAAGAAUCUGGGAAUAUGACAAAGGUGGAAUAAACAUUAAUUUUGUGCAUUCUUUGGUAAUUUUUUGGUUUUUUUGUAACAUCAAAGCUUUGCUACAAAUUUAUGCAUUUCAGUCAAAUCAGUGAUCUGUUUGUGUGAUUUCCUAAGCAUAAUUGUGGAUUUUUUUAAUGUAACACCAUAAUUUACAUUCCUUACUAGAAAUAGUAUGUCUGGUUUUGUAUCUUAUGCUGUAUUUUAACACUUUGUAUUACUUAGGUUAUUUUGCUUUGGUUAAAAAGGCUCAAGUAGAAAAGCGGUCCCAUUCAUAUUAAGACAGUGUACAAAACUGUAAAUAAAAUGUGUACAGUGAAUUGUCUUUUAGACAACUAGAUUUGUCCUUUUAUUUCUCCAUCUAUACAGCAAGUAUUUGUACCUCUUGUGACAAGGCAGUCUCCACUGUGGCUUCUCUUGUAGUGUCUUCCAAGAAAGUUAAAAGUCUGGAGCUAUAGUGUAAUAAUAGAUCUCUUAGCACCCUAAAUCAGAGCAAAAUUAUAUUGAUGUGGCUACUGGUUUUUUCAUAGUGGUUGGUCUGAUCAUGAUUUUUGUUGUUUCUCUUGACUUUGGUUUAUGCCAACCAAAAAAUUCAAGGGUACAUAGAAAGGCAGACAGGCAGUUUCAGGUAGGAACUACAUGAGAAGUGCUUUUAAAUGAGUGAUCCCACUUCUAGUAUAUAAUUCCUGUAUGAAGUACAAGUAAAACUCAGAGACAUGGCUAUAAAAUAAAAGUAUAUGAGCAUCUAGAUAGACUAUUAUGUGUGUCUUACAAUGAAAUUAAAUUUGGCUUGAAGUUGCUGUAGGAGCUCUCUAGGUCUGCUUGACUUGUAAGAUUGGGGGAGAAGUUUGAAGGCAGUUGAGUUCUUGUUAGGAGAGCAAUGGAGAGGCUUUUUCUGUACCCCUCUUUAAAAGUAGAGCAUGCAACAGAAUCUGUGUUUCAUUGCUAAUUUCUUAUUUUUUAGCGUGUGAUGUACUGUAAGAUCUUAACAGGGCUACAGAGCCUUUCUUCAGUUCAACUUAAAGGCAGAUGGUUUAUUAGGAUUCUUAUCUUUGGUAUCUCCUUAAAGCAAUUUCAGUCACUGUCCCAGCAAAGCUUCAGCUGAAUCUGACUUUCAAAUCUGCUGAUGAAGGCACUGAAGUGUUUGUAUGCUAAGAUAGAACUGAACACUUUCUUUCACAUUUUAUAAGAAAUGUAUGUCUCAAUAGCAUGUCAGACUAUACCAGAAAGGUAUUACAUUAGCUUCUGGAUCAUUAUUAUCUCUGUUUAAUAGGAGCACAGGAGGCAUCUAUAUCUAAUGAUACCUUCAGUAUUGGUCAUUGAGCAGGAUAGAUGCUGGAUGUGGAGAGAGUUAUUAGGUUGGUUCUGGGCUGGUUCUGUGGAUUCUGGUGUCACUGGUUGCCUGCCCUGACUGCAGGUGUGCAAAACAAGUGGGGUUUGUUUCAUAGGACCAUUCAUAGUGGAAUACAGCUGUCCUUGCCUGUUUUCCAGCUAGAUGCUUCAGCUAAUAUUCUCUUUUGAUUAAAUUAAGGUUGGUUUUUUUUAACUAAUUUUCUCUGAGUGUUCUGUGUCAUCAACCUCAAGCUGAGUAGUGUUUAUAAAGGCAUUGAUAAUUCUGAAUAAAUCAGUAAUGCUUGUAUGGAUGGGAAGGGAAAGAUGAAUCAGCUUCCUGAGUGGUACCAUUAAAUUGGAUACAUGUAUAGAAUUUGGGAGCACUGGGGCAAGGCUCACUAAAAUGAGUAUAAUUUAGAAACAUAGGUAGUGCUGCCCUUCUCUAAAGAGCAUUGAAUAAACUGAAUGCUGGUGUGAGAGGUAAAUAGUAUUGGUUUUGUUUAAUUUCACUGCAAGACUGACUGGAACAUUGUUCAGAGUAGCAGCAUUUUGUUCCUCUAUAAAAGUGAUUGAUAGGGGUUUUGGUAGGGUCUCUGGUUUUUGAGCCUAUUUAAGCAGUCAACUGACUUGCACUGUAAUAGGAAGACUUCAAGUAGGUUGAUCAGAGACUCUUCACUGCUGAAGUAAUAAUGUUUCUAGAAGACUUGGGUGAAGAUGAAAUUACAUACUUGCUUUACCAAAUAUAUAACCUUUUAUUUCAUGGACAGAAGAAGCAAAGAGGCCAUGAACCUUGUUGUUUUCCAACUUGAAAGUCACUUUGUGAUGCAUACUAAUGUUGUUCUGGUUAUAAUGGUGUAGUUUGUAUUCUUAUGCUGUGGGAGAAAGCUGAGAACUCUUCAUUCUGUGUAUUAAUGAAACAGCCACAGGCUCAUAAGAGGAAAAAAUAGUAAAUGUUUAUCUAGUGUUGCUACAGAUUACUUGGUGUCAUUAAGCUUCUGGCUGAAUGGGUAGCCCUUACCAAUGUGUGAUUUUAGUGAGCAGACUAAACAGUAAGUGGCUGAGGCAUUUAUUUAGAAGUAUUAUCAAGUGGUACAAAAUCAGCAGAGCAAGGAAAGAAAGAAAAGAAACUUUGUGUUCAAAGACCUGUAAGAAAGUGCCAAAAUACAGCCUGGGAAGAAGGGAUAAGGUGAGGAGUAUUUGUGAAUUAACAGCUUCUGGUUGUACCCUCAGGCUGUGCAAUGCUUUUCUUUGUCACUUUCUGCUAGUCCUGCUGCACUGUCACUGGUCUUGUGUUUCAGGCUGUCUCUAGCUCAGGAAACUUCAGAUUUUCAGUGUUACCCAGAUUCUGGGAAGUAGCUUUUAGCAAAGCUUGGUCUGAGCUCAAAGCUUUCAUUCCACCUAAUGGAAUCUUUUCAUACAGAAAAAAGGCUUGGAAAAAAAUAUUCUGGACUCCAUGGGACCUUUAAUAAAAGCAGAAAAGUAUUUCAGCCUAGUAAAGAGGCCUGGAUCUUCUCUCAUCUAUAUGUCCUCCCUUGCUUCCAAGAAGCUGUGCUUCUGAAUCUGGGACUGCUGGUUUUAAAACUAGAUUUUUAAGAACAUCCUGCACUGAAGUACUAAACCAAAUAGUUGAGCUUAAUAGUUUAACCCAUAGAACUUUCCAACUGUCCAGCAUUUAAUCUCUGGAUUACUUUAUCCCCUUUAAGAAUGGUUAAUGGUUUCUGCACUUAUUUUGUAGCAUUUUAGAUGAACUUUUCAUGCAGAAUUUGUGCCUUUUCAUAUUGGGUAAGAAACAGAUGAAAAUAAAUCAGUAAGGAAGUAGUUUAUACCUGUUUCACCAGGAGACAUUUCAUACCUCUCUAUCCAAACUAGACUUAGAUAGCAGGAGUGCAGAACAUCUUGGCAAGCAGUGUGGAACCAGUCCCUGUCCUGGCUAUCAAAUUCACCUCCUGGACCUCUCCCCAUCAUUUCAAAGCUCCCGAAGCUGUUAGAUCUUGUAGACUUUUCCUUUUGAUCUCCUUGCAGGACAUUUGUCACUAUAACUGCUUGGACAAUAUGCCUUUUAGCUCUUAAGUUUUGUAUUUCACCCCAGAAUUGGUUUUCAGGUGUCCAGCUCUGGCACUGCAGCAAAGCCUUGAAUUAAGCACUUAAAUCCCUUCCCCUGUGAUAAAACCCACACUCACUUCUGCAAUUUGCUGGAGGCUGCCUGGCACUUUCAGAGCUAAAUGUGAAUUGUGGCUGAGCACAUGAUGAUUGUGAUGCUUCCCAGCAUUCAUUUAUUUUGUGUGAUGCCUUAAAUGUACAAACACCCGAGGUGAAGUCAGUCUGUUGGUAUCAGGUUGCCUGCUAACCAAACAACUCAUUUUAUUUUUUUUUUUUUUUAUUGCCUGCUAGUACUGAGUGUGUGACGAGUUUAGCUGUGAAUUUGUGGGGUUUAUGACUGCCUGUGCUUUUCUCAUCUCCAUUUUUUGAACUUCUGAUACUUCUCAAGCCUUAUUGAAACACGUUUAAUAAAGGGAAAAAUGAAACUGAGUCUAGUCACUGCAUUUUUGGUCAGGUUGGUACCAUGGAGACUUCCAGGUGUUGCUAAAUCCAGAUAAAGGACUGUGUGUGACUUGUUAGGCAUAGUAAUCUACUUAUGGGAUCUUCACUAUUUUAUGUCUAGCCCUGUAAGUAUGAUAAUACUGAAAAUGAUACUUGAAAGUAUGUGUGUGAAUAUAUCAUAUAUAAAGCAGAAAUUACUCAUCUAUUUUUUCUAUUUUUUUCAAAGUAGAAAACGGCUGUUAUGUUAUUUCUAAAAGGUUUCUUUGGAUGACUUGCUGAACAAAUUAUUGGAUUUUGCUUACAAUAGUUUAGAUCAAUCUCUUCCUUAUGUUGUGCCUAUUAUUGUUAUCAAGAAAUUGGAGCCAACUCUAUAGGUAAGGUUUGACAUUCUUUGAAAUAAAGCUAGUUUUGAGCCUUAACUUCCUCCAUAUGUACAGGGUAGUUAUCCUGGUGCAUCUCACCCUGAGCCAUACAAAAUAUGCAGAAAGUAUAAUGGGAAAUUGGAAGGUACUACUUUAUUUCUGUAGCUUGAAUGAAAAUAAAGCUUCUGAGGAACUGAA